AUGGUUCAUAUUAAGCAUAACUCUGUUGUCGUGCAAGGGGUCGUGCAAGGAGCAAAUCAAAUCAACUCGAUGCUUCAAAGUGCCCGUGAUAUCGCCAACAAUUAUUUUCUUCCGGAAUUUCAACUACCUUCCAUUGUCAUCAUUGGAGAAACAGGCAAAUUUCAUUGUUGUUGGAGAGUUGGUAAAAGUACUCUUGGGAAUAUUGUACUUGGUUUGGAUCCGGAGAAUGGAAAAUUUAAGACUUCGGAUUCUGGUGAUUCUGUUACUCAGAAUUGUGAGUUCGCUCCAGUGACUAUUGAUGAUUCUCAAUAUAUUAUUCUUGAUACGCCUGGAUUUAUUGAUUCAGCUAUGCCAGAUUCCAAAACAUGGAAAAAACUUGGAUCCGUGAUCAAUAAAUGCGCUUAUGGUAUCAAAGCUGUACUUUUGGUGAUGACUGCAGGAAGAUAUACUCAAUCCCACCAAAUAGUAGUCGAAUCAGCAAUCAACUUUCUAGGAUACCAAAGUCUGAACCAUAUCAUUGUCGUGUUCACCAAAUGCUCAAAAAAGCAAAUACAGGAUCCGCAAGUAUUGCUCGACGGUCUUUCCACCAAACAAAAAGAACUUCUUGAACGAGUUCACGAUCGCUGGAUUAUCGUCCCGAACCCUGACUACUUUGAGUCAAAUAGUCCAGAAACGAUCGAGAAUUUGACGAAAUUGAGAAAACAUAUUGCUUCGAUCGAAGACACUUACACUAAAUCGAUAUUUCAGUCGGUACGAGAUGCGCAGCAACAAAAAUUGUUGCAACUCCAAGGUGAAAUUGAAGCCUCGUUCCAGGCUUAUGAUCAAGAACGCCUUGUUGAUGGUGACGACGUGGCGAAACAGCGUUUCCAAGAACGUAUGGCGAAAAUCCGAGCCGAGAUGGAUGAAUCUGGUGCUAUAAAGGCUACUCAGUUAGCAAAAAGUAAUGCUUGCUUUAGUUUGGAUACUAUGGUUACACUUGAGAGCGGAAAAAGUGUGAGUUUGAAUGAAGUGAAAGUUGGAGAACGUAUUCUAAGCCAUGUAAAAGACGGGCGACUUGAAUAUUCUGAAGUUUAUAUGAUUGCUCAUUACAAUGCUGACGAGCCAACCGAAUUUUUGCAGAUCUCCUUUUCUAAUGGAAUAAAUAAAGGAAAAUUAAACUUAACGCCAACUCAUCACAUUCGAAUGGCCGAUGGCUCGUUCCAAUAUGCAAACCGAAUUCAUUCCGAAAAAUCAAAUCUUUUGUCGAUAAUUGAAAAUAAAUUGGUGCCGACUGAGAUCGUCUCGAUCGAACACGUCAUCAAAAGAGGAUACAUUUGCGUUUUCACUCAUAGUGGCACAAUCAUUGCCGACGGCAUCCAAUGCUCUUGCUAUAGUAAUUGUAUUCCAUACCAAAGUAUUAUUCAUCUCGUGCUUUCCCCAUUGCGUCUCUACUCGAAAAUGGCUCGUAUCCAGGGGGAUGGUCAAAAGAUGCACCCAUAUCUUCAGAUAUUAAAAACUGUUUAUGAUUUGGGUGGAAUGAAAUAG